AUGAUCAGACAAGCAUUCGAGACGAGUAAGAUCGACAUGAUCAAGUACCUCCUACGCUUGAUCGUCACAACCACCUCGCUUCUAAUCGAGAGACCAGAUGAUGUUGCCGAGAUCGUCUACCGCACUCAAUCAAGCCAACUGAUUCGCGAGCUGAUCGAUCCAACCUUCAUCUCCAAGGAUAUGGCCGACCUGGUCAGAUACCACGCUCAUAACUAUGUAACAAACAUCCUGCUCACUGGCGAUGGAUUGCUCGUUGACGAGCUGCUGCCACUCCCCCAUGAUGGCGUCAGCAACUACAGGAUCACAGGCACUCGCCUCAUCCAAUCAAUUGCAAACUCAACGGCCAAUCAACAUUAUGAACAAAUACAAAGAUUGGUCAAGUACAACUUGAUUGCGCCAAACACCUUCCCAAACACGCUCUUUGAGCACGCCUACAAAGAGUCCAAAGAGCAAUGUCAAUCACUCAUGAGUUUCGUUGGCAGUGAUGAACCAGCAACCAUUAGUGAAGAGCAAAGAUUGUUAAUUACCAAAUUGUUGUAUGGUUGGACACUGUACUUUUACUUCCAGCCAAGCCAUGUCCGAGAUGUCAUCAAUGGAUAUAUAUCGACCGGCGACUGCACAUUGAUACCACUACUCAUUGAUCAGUUCAGGAAUGAGAAGAUCAUCAAUCAUAGUAUAAUAGAAUAUGGUACACUCACCCAGAUCAAGAUAGCCUAUCUAUACAUGGAUAGGCACCACAUUGCAGAGAGGUCAAGAUACUUUGCCGGAGGCUAUCAUUCACAGUUGUUCAUGACUGCCAGUAAUUCUGCCAACAAGUUGAAGAUUAUCAAGUAUCUCAAUGAGCUCAAUCAUGUCUUUGAGGUAUCUACUAGUGACAUUCAAUCAUUCGACGGAACGAUGGAGAUGCUUGAGUUCCUGGUGUCCAACACCAACAAGAUACUGCCCUUCAAACAAUUCUUUAUCUUGGACCACCGCGACAAUCUGAACCUUGUGAUAGAGAACAAGCCGAAGCUGAUACAUUUCCAAACUCAACUUUGCUUGGCCAUCAAGAUUGGAAAGCUCGAUGCCGUCCAGCGACUCGUCCAACUAUUCGAACCAGCUCCCGACUCACUGCCCAUCCAGCUCACUUACUCUGCUCGUCUUCGACUGCCUAUGUUCCAAUGGCUAAUUGAGUACUGUGCCUCAUCUCACUAUGCUCGAAAUUCCCUUCGCAUGCUCAUGGAAUGGGCAAUCAAGAAUGGCAACCUGGAGGCAAUCAAAUUCUUGUUCGCCAAUUAUGCAGUAGUUGUCGAUUGGCAGAUCCAGGCCAUCAAAGCCGAGGUCAGCGCUGAGAUGAUGGACACACUAUUCUGUCUAAAUCAGUGGAAGAUUGAUUGGAGAGCAUUCAAUGAACUAAACGGAGCUUGUCAAUUGAGCAAAGUGAUACGCACAAUCUUUGAAAGACCUGGAAACACAACAAUGUUGGACCGAGUGCUCAGAAACUUCUCGGAGAAGGACACGGAGCGUGUCAAGGCAUUCGCCAUACCAUUGUUCACAAAACACCUGGUCACCAAUAGUGAUGUCGUAAUGUUACAACACUUGGUUAACAUUGGAGCAAAGUUGAAUAUCAAAGGUGUUGCCUCGAUGAGUAUCUUUAAGUCAAAUGUACAAUUGCAAUCAAUCAUAGAAGAAUACAAAGAUCGAUUGGAGGUUGAGAAGAUGGAAAAAAAGAGAAAAGCACCAGACAAUGACAAAGAUAGUGUUUCAGUUUUGAAGGCUAGACUAAAAAUAAAGUGA